UGACUAUAAUGGGAUCCUAUUAUAGGUGCAAAUACUGGAGUUAUGAUGAGAACUUGCUCACGUCCAGUGUGAUCAUUGUUUUCCAUAAUGAAGGCUGGUCGACGCUCAUGAGGACCGUUCACAGUGUUAUCAAGAGGACCCCUAGAAAAUACCUGGCUGAGAUUGUCAUGAUAGAUGAUUACAGUAACAAAGAACAUUUAAAGUCAAGGCUGGACAAUUACGUCAAGCAGUGGAAUGGGCUGGUAAAGGUAUUUAGGAACGAACGUAGAGAGGGGCUUAUACAGGCCCGAAGCAUCGGAGCCCAGAAGGCGAAACUAGGACAAGUUUUAAUUUAUCUGGAUGCACACUGUGAAGUGGGAAUUAAUUGGUAUGCUCCUUUAAUAGCUCCUAUAGCCCAAGACAG